GGGAAACCAGCAAAACGCGUAGCAUUCGUGGAAUUAUGCUGGAAGACGAAGAUGAGGAUGAAGAUGAAUCGAUGCUUCCCGAAAUGGCGGCCAUAGCUGUCGAUUCCCAACCGGGACCAAGUGGACUCAACAUCAAUCGAAAACGCAGAAGUACUGAAAACAGUGAGUCCGAAGUGUCACCAAAGAGGGCCAAAGAAGAUAGCUACAAUGCUGCAGUAAGAGCGUUCAAGUGUGGCUUCAAAGGUUGUAGCUACGUAAAUGACUUCGGUGCUGGAAUUGUGACGCAUUUCCGCACAGCACAUCCCAACGAAAAGCCAUCCGUACUGAGAAAUGCCCUAGCUAAUCCAGAACAGUCUCGUUUCGACUACUUCAUGAAGUAUGCUUGCUUUUACUGCGUGAAAAAGGCAGAUACCAUCCAAGAUUUGCUGGCGCACUGGAAACAAAUGCAUAAAAUUGCCGGCCGACGCAGUCAGGAUAAACCGUUCCUUUUCCGUGCAUCGAAGAUCAUUCUUUGCUUCUACUGUCGCAAGGGAGCUGUGAUGCCCGAAAUGAAGUCGCACUUUGCCUCCCAGCAUCCAGGCAAACAGCCCAUCUAUCUGGAUUUCCGCAACCCGAAACGUUGCGCCGAAUGUGAUUUCACAAUGGGAAUCGAAAAAACUGAUAUGAUUACGCAUUUUGCUACACACCACCAGAAAGAGAAUGAAUACGCCAAUGGAUGGAUCGAUUUCCUUACUGACGACGUGGUAGACAAAAUUCUCCAACUCAACAGCGUUGUCUACCGUUGCGAAAAGUGUGAUUUCAUCACGGACAACAAAACCGAUUUCACCAUCCAUUACGCCACGAAGCAUCCCGGAUUCCGCGUGGAGUUCAACGAAUACGAAAUGGAGAAAUGUGUCGUCUACUAUUGUGCGUUCAACAGCUGCAAGUCCAGUCAUAAUUCGGCACAGGAGUUGGCUCAGCACAUUCAAUUCCACAUCCCUCUGUUCAAAUGUCAGUGUAAUACGUCGCAGUGCUCGGCACAGUUCCGGUCGUUUGUUAUGCUGAUGCAGCAUUUCAAUGCCACCCAUCCUCAGCACGAUCUGCACUAUGCUCUGAAAACUCCGGACGAGUACAAGGCUGUACUACGUUCAAUCAAUAUCCAAUUCUGGAACGGCUUUGUGAUGACACUGGAUGAUGCAAGGCGCGCCGGCAAUCGCUAUGGAAGCUACGACCACUUUUUCAAGUAUAUCGACGAGCUUUGCGCCAAAUCCGUGGCCGCCGCAUUACCAUCCAGUUAGGUUUAAGUAUUUCCCAGCUAUCAUGCGAAAUAGAAGUACCGUCAUUGAUCACUACAGUAGGUACCACUUAUUAAUAGUAGAUUAAUGAAUGCAACAAAGAAACCCGAGGAUGCCCUUUAUAUCACCAUCCCUGCAAACACUACAAGCUAAUUGGUUAUGCUAACAGUUGACACAAUGGUACGCAUUAAACUAGAAAAUCGUAAUACAUAAAAUAUAAUUAAAUGAAUAUGACUAA